CUGAUGGAGCUGGUGUUUUUUUUUUUAAGCUUUGCUGCAUUUCCAGCACUCUGGACUCAGAUGGCACCAUUUCAGCCCGUUGGAACCGGUUUUGGGGGAUUGUCGGGACCCGGUUGGUGUCGGUGCUGGAGAGGUGGAGGAUCACGGUGACAGGGGAUCGAACCCCCCGCCUUGUGCAACACAUCUUCUAUUCUGCGGUAAAGAUGGCGGCGUCAGAGGGGGCGCGUAGCGGCCGGACAACGGCAAAACGAUCCUGAAAAAAGCUCCCGAUUUGACCGAUUCCCGCUCGUUGGGUACCGUCAAUAUCUGCUCGGAUACCAUCUGGAUCGCCGGGAUAGAGACAAUCGCUGUCACACGCCGGGGUUGCGAUUUUAUUGUUAAAGGCAGGGUGGGUGGGUUUCUCUGAUAGCUGCUAACGUUAGGCUAACAGGCUAACCGAGCGAGCUAGUCAGCGUUAGCUCGGUGAAGAAGAGCGGGGAGGGGAUUGAGGAAGACUAUUCGGGCCAGGCCGCUCCAGCUUUUGGGGGGGGGAAUGUGAACACAGAGGUACGCAAGGGGGGUUUGCUCGCUUCGUCCCACACGUCCUUACGCCAAACAACCGGGAUGGGACAGCAGGUAGGCCGCGUCGGUGAGGGCACAUCGACCGGACUCCAGCCACCACAGCCCCACGCGUCCCAACCGCACCAAGGGAAGGGGAACCGGGGGAGCGGCGCCGGGAGGAGACCCCGAGAACCCGGCAGUAGCACCGGGACACCGCCGGGCAGGGCUGCUGCAGCCAACGUGCCUGACCCAGGGAUCAAUAUAUUCACGCAGCAUUCAGAAGCUCUCCACCGGCCGUUCGGCCUGGACUCAGCGGCGUUGACGGAGGCGGUGCGCUGGAGCUCCAAGGAGAACCUGCUGGGGGCGGCCGAGAGCGACCCUAACCUCUUUGUUGCACUUUAUGACUUUGUCGCCAGCGGAGACAACACUCUCAGCAUCACUAAAGGUGAGAAGCUGCGAGUGCUGGGCUACAACCAGAAUGGAGAAUGGAGUGAAGUGCGCUCAAAGAACGGCCAGGGUUGGGUGCCCUCCAACUACAUCACACCAGUCAACAGUCUGGAGAAGCAUAGCUGGUACCAUGGACCAGUCUCACGCAGCGCUGCAGAGUACCUGCUCUCAUCCCUCAUCAACGGCAGUUUCCUAGUCAGAGAAAGCGAGAGCAGCCCCGGACAGCUGUCAAUUUCUCUGCGCUAUGAGGGGAGAGUCUACCACUAUCGGAUUAACACAGCCUCUGAUGGAAAGGUGUACGUGACAUCUGAGAGCCGUUUUGCCACCCUGGCCGAGCUGGUCCACCACCACUCCACUGUAGCCGAUGGCCUGGUCACCACCCUGCACUACCCAGCGCCCAAAUGUAACAAACCCACAGUGUACGGUGUGUCACCCAUCCAUGACAAGUGGGAGAUGGAGCGCACAGACAUCACCAUGAAGCACAAGCUAGGUGGAGGCCAGUAUGGAGAGGUGUAUGUGGGAGUUUGGAAAAAGUACAACCUCACAGUGGCUGUCAAAACACUCAAGGAGGACACCAUGGAAGUUGAAGAAUUUCUGAAAGAAGCAGCAGUCAUGAAGGAGGUUAAACACCCAAACCUCGUUCAGCUACUAGGUGUGUGCACGCUGGAGCCUCCGUUCUACAUCGUCACAGAGUAUAUGCCACACGGGAACCUGCUGGACUACUUGAGAGAUUGUGACAAGGAGGAGGUGAAUGCUGUGGUGCUGCUGUACAUGGCCACACAGAUCUCCUCUGCCAUGGAAUACCUGGAGAAAAAGAACUUCAUACACAGGGAUCUUGCAGCGAGGAACUGCCUAGUCGGGGAGAAUCAUGUUGUGAAGGUUGCAGACUUUGGGCUGAGCAGGUUGAUGACCGGUGACACUUACACUGCCCAUGCUGGGGCCAAGUUCCCCAUCAAGUGGACUGCACCAGAGAGCCUUGCGUACAACACCUUCUCCAUCAAGUCGGAUGUCUGGGCCUUUGGAGUGCUGCUAUGGGAAAUCGCCACCUAUGGCAUGUCUCCAUAUCCUGGCAUCGAUCUGUCUCAGGUCUAUGACCUCCUGGAGAAAGGUUACCGUAUGGAACAGCCAGAGGGAUGCCCACCCAAAGUUUAUGAACUCAUGAGAGCAUGCUGGCAGUGGAGCCCAUUGGAUCGGCCUUCGUUUGCAGAGAUCCACCAAGCCUUUGAAACAAUGUUCCAUGACUCCAGCAUCUCUGAAGAGGUAGCAGAGGAGCUAUGUAAGACCGCGUCCUCUGGUCACUGCGGACCGCUACACUCUUUCAGUCACGACAUGCCCCUGUUGCCUUCCAAAUCUCGCACACUCCACAAGCACACAGAAAACAAAGAAAACAUAGAGGGUGGACUCGACGGACGACCUGAUCACGGCACUCACAGUCAUUCAGGCUGGGCUUCCUCUUUGUUUGGAGGGGAUGGCCGGUCAGGCUCCCCAGCUCUACCCAGAAAACAGCAGCCACGAGAUAAAUCUCCUGCCAACCUUUUAGAGGAUGCACAGGAUAUGGGCACAUUUACACGAGACCGCAAGACUGGCUUCUUUAGCUCCUUCAUAAGGAAGAAACCUCCCUCUUCUACUUCCUCACCAUCCUCUCAGCUCCAACACAACCUCCCGACGCCACCCAAGAGGAGCAGUUCUUUCCGCGAGAUGGAAACGCAGCCUCACAAGAAAUACGAGCCUACGGCUGAUUUCAGCGCUCCUCCUCCCCUACCCCAGUCGGACAGUCUCGGCGGCUUCUCUGCCUCUCCCUCUCACUCCCAUGGGGAACCCACCCAGGGUCAGUCACGGUGUUGUGGGGCUGCUUUUGGCCAGAAACCCUCUAGCGGGGGCCUCGGUUCACAGGUGACAAGCGGCAGCAGUUGGAGUGGGUUAGCUGGUUUUUUCACCCCUAGACUCAUUAAAAAGACCCUGGGGCUACGGACAGGAAAGACAACCUCUUCAGAGGAUGGUGGAAGUAUAGCUGGAGGGUCUAAACCCUUCCCUAGGUCCAAUUCUACCUCCUCAAUGUCUGCUGGGCUGCCAGACCUGGAGCGCAUGGCUCUGACUUUACCCAGGAACCGUAGUGCUAAACCCCCUUUAGAGAGGACUGCCUCUACAACCUCCCAGCCAGAGAACGGGGCCGCACGGCCCUCAGAAACUCUGCUGAGGAGGAUGGAUGAGGGGACUGCACAGAUCAGGGAAAGACCCAAAGCCAAGCUACUUCCCCGGGGCUCUGCUGUAGGGGUGAGGGCACCAGGGGUCGGGGGGGAGGUGGGGGAAUCGGACAGUCUGUCUCGGGUCAGGGAGAGUAGAGAGGAGAGUGGGGGAGGGCUAGACAGACAGCAGAGUUGGUCAUCUCCUUCUAAGACCUCUAGUUCCAGUGCUUCAUCAGCUGCAGCAGGUGCACCGACUCACAACCACAAAGUUCCAGUCCUGAUCUCCCCGACGCUGAAGCACAGCCCAGCUGACGUGCACCUGGUCGGGCUGGACUCUCAGGGGAACCGCUUCAAACUGCUGUCUGAACACCAAGCAGACCGGGACAGACCGCGACUUGUAAAACCCAAGUGCGCUCCUCCUCCCCCUCCCACUCUGCGCAGCCUGCAGCACUCCUACAGCGGCGACGGGGAGGAGCAGGUAGGAGUAGCACCUGUGGAGGUGAACGGAGACACAUUAAAAGGUCACAGGUCAGGGCGAACAUCAGGAGGAGCAACGACGGGCAGACCGUCAGUGCCACCACCACAAGUGCCUCCUGCGUCUUCUUCCUUCUUCUCCUCGUCUUGCUCUGCCACCACCAACACGACUCCCACCAAAAUGGCCAACGGAGCCACCACCACUGCCUCCUCCACACACACAGCACCGUCUGCCGGUUCCAAAGUGGCACUCCGGCGGAUCAGGCAGCAAGCGGAGAGGGUGCCUCUGGAGCGGGUGAGCCGCGAGGCCCUGCUGGAGUGUGCUGAGUGCCUGAGCAGCGCCCUCCACGCCAGCUCCGAAAGCCCCGCCAGCAGCCAGGUGUUGGAUGCUGGCCACCAGCUGCUAGACUACUGCUCAGGUUAUGUGGACUGCAUCCCUCAGAUGAGGAACAAAUUUGCCUUCCGAGAGGCAGUGGGGAAGCUGGAGCUCAGCCUGCAGGAACUGAGGGCCUCGUCCUCAGGAGGCGGAGGGCUGAGCAGUGUGGGGCCCAACACUGUACUGGACAACCUGCACAGCUGUAUUAAAGAGAUUAGUGACGUAGUACAGAGGUAGCCACUGUGACACCAACUGUCACCUCUAACUACCAGACAGAUCGCUUAUAUUCCCUUUUUUUACGUUUCUGGUUCUAUUGACAGCUUUUUGGGGGACGAAAUGAGAAAAAAAUCUCAGAGUACCUCAGAGAAAUCACUACAAAAAUGUAAUCUUUUUAUUGUUUACAACAACCGUUUCAUAAAAUGCCAGUGUUGACACUAAUUUUGCUCUGAUCUGUACAUAUUGAGAAAUGUUUAUACCAAACUAAAUGUGGUUUAAGUCACACCAUGAAAUGUUUAGCCCCACGUCUCCACCAGGCCUCGACAAAGGCCUCUUUGUUCAAUGAAUGUCGAGUGUAUCAGCUGUGUGUAGCCAGCCCAGAGAGUAGGUCUAAGCUCACUCUGAUAUCUGUCAGUCUGUCACAUACUGAGAGAGAAUGAUGGUGGUUGUUCCCGGCCUUACUGAGAACGCCAGACAACUCAACUCUUUUCACAGAGUAAGCUCAAGCAGUGUUUCACAAAUGCGUGAAUCGUGAAUCAUCGGUUGGGAGUAUUUUGCUCAGCGUCUGGGGAACUGAGUGACCAUAAGCCAUUUUAUUUAAAGCCAUUGUUUUCUAAAGAAUUCAACAUCAGGAUUUAACAGGGUUUUGGGGGUCUCAAUUUAACACUUUUAUGUGCAGAUGUUUUUGUUUUCUUCUUCUAAUAUCAUUUCAUAGACUGCAACUGACAGUCAGUACUUUAAGGUAGACGGACAAAUGUGAUAAAAUUAUAAAUCUCCCCCCAAAACUGCUUUUGUUGGUAUCAGAUUAAAGCCUUGUUUUUGAAUAGAGAAUAAUCACCUGCUUUUUAACGCUGACAUUCCCGUGUGUCCACACAAGGUGCGACCAUUGAGAAAAAAAGACUGAAGGGAUCACGUACAUCAUCGAAAGCUGUGUGCAUUUGACGAGCGUGUAAAUAAGCUGAAAUGAGACGUCAGGUUUACGUUUCAGUAAUACCAAAUACAGGCUUAUCAAAUCUAUAGAAGAAAAAGAAAAGAUUGAUAUGAAUCUAUUUUAUUUAGUCCCCACAAUACUAAAACAUAACAAAUGAACGUGGGGCGUCUUAUCAUAUGCACAGCGUUUGUCUUCGCUUCAGUGAUGUGACCAAUGUUCACACGUUAACACAGUGCCACAGAUAUAUGGGGGGGGGGGGGAUCCCCAGUUCCCUAAAGCAUUUCAAUAUUUAUGACCAGUUAUCCUUGCACACUACAUUUCUUCCUUGUAUGAUGGAGCAUAAAAAGAGUAGAGUGAGGAGAGAGGGAGAGCACAGGGUAGCGCAUGAGGAGGUGAAGUGGGACAGUAUUUCUAUAAAUGUCCUGAGUAUGGACAGUGCUGGAUUCCCUGUAGCCUUGUCGUGGCCUCAGUGCCUCAAAUUCUUCAAUGUAUGAACACUGCGAAACGCAGAGACCUACUUCACACUAAUCACACAGUACUGAUCUCUCAACAAACAAACUGCAGUAUGUCUUCAGCACAUGAGCGAUUUGUACAUUAUUUGGUUCAAAGAAAAAAUGCUUUUUAGAAUGUCUAUGUAUGAACUUGAAUUUUAAAUUAUUCCUGUUUUUUUUUUUUUUUUUUUUUUUUUAUUAAAAGCACAGACCUAUUUUGAGAGAAAAAAGUUAUGUAAAUAUUUGAUUUAUUUCAUAUCCAGGAAACAAAAGAUUUAUGUGUGGUUACAGCAUAAAGAGCAAUGUUUUUGGACUGUAGAGAUGUAUUGCAAGCCUGAGGCGCAUCCACCCAGAUCUGAAUAUCUGCUUUAUGAAUGUAUUAUUCUUCCGUUCUGAAUCCGGUCGAAUGUUCAUCUGCAUGACUCUUUAAUCUCUUACGGUGCCAUUCUUUCUUUUUUUAAUUUAUUGUAAUAGUUUUAUUGGCCCAUACUUUUGGAAUUUUGGUCACACUAAAGAAUUCAAAAUCCAGAAACAGCUGCUCUGUUUUUUUGAGCACAAACAAAACUGUGUACAGCACACACACACACUCAACUCACAGAUGUCUUUAUUUUCUUUGCUUUGGCUCACAUCUUAAUGUACACUGGAUAAGGCCUCAGACACAUUGGUUCACUGACACAUGUUGCAUACUAAUACUACAAAAUCGAAUCUGUAAACACUGCAGGUCCAUAACACUUUCAAAAUGCCUGUUAAUGACACUUGAUGGAUUGCCAAGUAAAAGUUUUUAUCAA